ACCAACACGUGGUGGGAAGAGCAGUCAGAGCAAGAGCAGUCAACGGAAUGGAGAAGCUGAAGGAUGGCUGUAUAGAGGGGAUAAAGAGUACAGCGCAAGAAAAGCUACAAGAGGAUGCAGCUGUGCGCGCGGCUGCUCAAGGGGCGACAGGCGCGCAGCUACACGGGCGAGCGCUCGUGAACGACCUUGACUGUGUUGCUCCGCGGACAGCAGCAGUCGCAGCAGGCGCCGAGGCAGUUGCAGCAGCACAUGACGAGCGCGAUGACGACCGACACCACCCCCAGCAGCAGCAGCAGCGCGCCCCACCACGGCGUGCGGUACUUGUAAUCUGCGCAAGCAACGCCGCACAGGGAACUGCUUAG